AUGGACCCUUUCACAGCCCUGAGCUUGGCAACUUCUAUCGUUCAAAUCGUCGAUUUCGGCUCCAGACUCGUGGGCAGGGGCCGCGAAAUCUACAAAAAAGGCUCCAUAGCCAGCUUCGACGAAGCAAAAUCCGUUGCAGGUGAUCUGAAGGAUUUGACUCGAAGUCUUGAAAGCGUCUUAGAGUCAGUCUCAACUUCGGGAGAAUCGGAAUCCACUCUAUCGGCCGACGAAACAAAACUGAAAAAUCUGGCAUCAGAAACGGCUAAGGUGGCAGACGAGCUCAUCCAGCUAGUUGACUUCGUGUCCUGCCAUCAUGGGAAGCACAGCCCAUUGAAGAGCUUUCGGCAAGCCCUAGAUGCUGUCUUUAACAAGAGAAAGCUUACCGAAAUGAGCGAUAAGCUUGAUCUACUGCAAAAUGAGCUCAUCCUCCGGGUUGUUGUUUCUCUCAAGAUGAACCCUAACUCAGAAAAUUCGAUUCAAUCAGCUCGACGAGAUGAGCGAUUCGAUCAACUGAAAGAGGAACACAAAAGGAUUGCAGAUGUCCUGCUUGAUAACAGGAAAUUUUUCACGACAGGACGCGAUAACCUCUUACAACGUCAGAACGAAGAAAGCGAACUUGACAGAGUCAGAUAUGAAGAGACCAUUGCGGCUAUUGCCACCCUCCAAGGACACGUUACAGCUAGGGACAUAUCAACCACACUUUAUCAGGAUUCGCUACAACAUUUAGGGAAAAUUCAGGAAGACAUAUUGAACUUCUUGUGGUUCAGGUUUAUGGGGGAUAGACGUGCGGAGGUCUCAGAUGCGUAUAGGAAGACAUUCGAGUGGGUGUUCAACGGCCGGGUACCAUUCGGUUGGGCCUUGGACAGUCUGUCACAGUGGCUUCAACAUGGCGAAGGCUGCUUCUGGAUCAGCGGCAAAGCUGGCUCAGGCAAGUCUACGCUCAUGAAGUUCAUCGGCAAUGAGCCACGCAUGCAGAAACUCCUCGCAACAUGGGCUGACGGGGAGCCUUUAUUCCAAUUUUCUGGGCUGGUCCCCAUUGUUUUCCCGAUUCACUGCCGGAGCAUCGCGAGAAGCAACUUGGUCAAUGAUCCUUCUCUUGUGGAGUUAAAGGAGGCCUUUAAACUCUUGACAACACAGACGGUCACGCCACUAAAGAUCUGUCUCCACAUUGAUGGAGUGGAUGAGUACGAUGAUGACCACAUCGAGCUUGUGGAGUACCUGCGGUCAGUCUGCUCGCCGAACUUGAAACUCCUCUUGUCUAGCCGGCCAACAUCCGCCUGCUCGGUAGCUUUUGCAAGUUGCCCUACCCUCAGGCUGCAAGAUUUCACCCGAUCAGACAUCCUCAUUUAUGUGACCGAAAACCUUGACACUCAUGUGCGUAUGAGAGAAUUAGUCCGCAUCAAUAGGCAUGCGGUUAAUGAGCUCAUUGGUCAAAUAGUCUCUAAGGCUUCGGGUGUGUUUCUUUGGGUUGUUAUUGUAGUUAAAGCUCUACGGAACGGUCUCUAUAACCAUGACGGAAUAGAAGAUCUCCAAGUCCGGCUCAACGAGUUACCAUCUGACCUGGACAAGCUGUAA